AUGAUGCAGUGUGGCCGAUUAUCAGUGUUAUGUGUGACACGAUAUUCAUCUUUCCUGGACACAGCAACAACAGCAGGGACCUCAAAUGCUGUUGACAGCUCGUCAAGUCUAUUGGAUGAAGAGUGCGGUAGUAGGAAUACCAAAAUUGUAUCAAGAUUAACGGAAAGGCAUCGUUUAAUUGCUGAAGGUCGCUUACCGCCUAUAUCUUAUGAAUGGGAGAAAGAGCUAUGGGCAAAACGUGAACGUUUCGGUACCUAUGGUUUGGCCAGUGGUGUUAAUCCUGAAGAAUUAUGGCCCACUAUCGAAGAAAUUCAGGAGGAAGAAGCGGUUGACUGGUAUAGGAAGUACAGUGAUGUCUUAAAAGCUGUGGAAAAUGCCAAGAAGUUAGAAUAUACCACUACUUUAACAAGGCUUAAAGAAGUGGCCGCACUUGAAGAUAAAUAUCCGGAAACACUGAGGGAAUUUUUGGAAAAUCAAAAAGAGGUGGCUCCUGUAAAGUCGAAGCAGGAAUUAGAAGCGGAAGAGCAAGCUCGAGAUAUGCUUGAAUACUAUGGCUAUGAAGUCUCGGCGAAUGACCCACGAUUCCCAAUUUUGUUUGAAAAAAUGACUGAAGCAAAGAAGAAAGCAGCCAAAUUAGCGGAAAAAGAAGAACUGUCGCUGAAGAAGCGCACAUCACGAAAGAAGGAAAAAGAGAAAAAACAAGAUAAAGAUUCAUGA